AUGUACCAACAUGAACCACCAACCGAGGAGUCACCUAAGGAGUAUAAAAUUAAACAUGCUCGUAUUUAUAUCUUACUGCUUAUCGGGCAAGUUUUGUUUCCUAACAAAAGCGGUAAUACUAUACACUCAAAAUGGACACAAUUUGUUGUGGAUUUGGAAGAUUGUGGAAAAUUGAGUUGGGGUUUCACUGUUUUAGCUAAUCUAUAUAGGGAAAUGUGCAAGUCUGUAGACAUAAAAGUAACCGAGAUGUCAGGAUGCGUUUUACUUCUUCAAGCUUGGGCUUUUACACGCAUGCCUAUUAUAUCUCUGGUGGCUCCGCUUCAAGCUCCAUAUCCUUACGCAAGAAGGUGGUGCAUCAAGAAACUUGACUACCAAAACAACCCGCGCCACCAUCUACAAGGAUACCGAUUCAGGAUUGAUCACAUGCUUCAAGAUCAGUUUAUAUGGAGGCCGUAUCUUGGAUUAGCGCCCCAAAGGCACGAGGACAGUUUGAUAUGGAGUUCAACUACAUAUAUAAUAUGUUUUCAUAUUGUAGAAAUGCAUCAAGCAGAUAGGGUCAAACUACAAUUUGGCCAUUUACAAGGGAUACCUGAAGAACCUCAAUGCCUGGUUGAACACCAUAAGAUGACAACAAUAAAAGCGCGCCAAAAAGCAUAUACCACAUUAUACUCUGAUGAACAAAAUUGUUGGUUGCAUCGAGAAUUGUUUAUGUUGGAUGGAGAUUAA